GGUUACCGGGAGCAUCCAUUAAACAUGGCGCGUCUAUCAAUUGCCUUUUUAAUCUGCUUCGUUGCAUUAUGCUGCGGUUCACUGACAGUCCAGGGAUUGGAUAGUCCAUUGUUUGGUGGGGAGUUGGGACAAGAACGACCUUUGCUCCGUGCUAUCAUGCUCUCAAGAUUGGUGAAAGAGUUAGGCGGCACUAAAGAUAUUCCAGCUCCCUUAAGCCGAGGAUUAAUGGCCGAAAAUGUUGCACCCCCAGUAUUACGUGUAUUGCUCAAUCGUUUUGCUUCCAAGCUACAACAAGAACAGCCAGACGAAAAUCAACUACUGCGCAGCAUAGUACUCUUCCGGUUGGUGUCUGAACAAAUUGGAAAGAAAAUCAUAGAAGAGUUCAAAAAUCAAGUACAGUCGAGAAGAGUGUACACAUUCCACCAUACGUUCUCCUGGAACACAGCACUGGAGUACAUCGAUGAAAAUGGUGAACUUAGUGGUUUUACACUCGGUCUCAUCGACGCAGUUUGCGAAGAAGCCAAUAGGACCUGUGUGUCUCAGUACGACGUGAGUAAAACAUGUUAUACUUCCCAGGGAGAGCAACCACGAGCUGGCGAAGGAAUACUUGGAAGACAGUUCGAUGUAUGUGUCAACUGGGUAAAGUCAAAUGAAAGAGAGAGGGCUCUUGCUUUUACUAAACCUCAUUGGAAGGACGAUCUCACUUCAAAAUUCUUCGUCAAGUCUGGAAACCCAGGAGGGUUUGAUCCCAAAGACAUGAGUGCAUCCACUGUCGGUUUCGUAGACGGUUGGAUGUGCGACGAGCAUUGCAUACUUUCUGGCUCAGACCUAGCUGCCCCAAGUGCCACCAAAUACUAUAACGAUGUUUCAGAUCUAGUUAAGGGAUUGGAAGAUGGCGAGGUAGAUGCUUUCUUUCUAUAUGCCUAUUUAGCUGACACUAGUUUAUACGAAGCUGUAGGCGAUGCGGUCGUUUGCAACGAAGGCACCGUUCACAUGAUGACACGUAAGGAUAGCGAUGUAUUGGAAUGGUGGAAUGACAGUCUUGAUCGUGUUAUUGCAAGUGGGAAGUAUUAUGGCCUAUGCAACAAAGCUAGGAGUGCCUACGGUUCAAAGGGUGACAUCAAGUGUAUUACUAAUUAGGAUCAGUAUAUUUAGAAAAUGCGGGUUUUGCAUUAUGUCAUCUAUGAUGUCAUAGAAGUUUGAAAAAAAUAAAGAAGAGUGAACAUGUUUUACCAUGAAACCAAUUUUUAACAUUGAUAUAGAAUUUUAUCACAUCAUAUGUUGUGUAUGUAAUUAUGUAACUGGACAGAAAAUAAUAAAUAAACAGAGCAGCAAGCAGCAAUGGUCGGCUUGCAGCUAGUAUAAUGUUAA